GUGGCACCUUUAUUUCCCCUCUUCACGCUCUCGUUCUGUUUUUUUAUUGCCCUGCGCUUGCACACUGAGCACACCGACUCGCCCCGCCCGGUUGUGAUGUGUUGCUAACCACGAUUUUACAGAUACCACUCCAUCCGCCAAAAUGGGUCACGAAGAUGCGGUGUACCUGGCCAAGCUGGCCGAGCAGGCUGAGCGCUACGAAGAGAUGGUAGAGAACAUGAAGAUUGUCGCCUCUGAGGAUCGCGAUCUUACCGUCGAGGAGCGGAACCUUCUGUCGGUCGCCUACAAGAACGUUAUUGGCGCUCGCCGUGCGUCGUGGAGAAUCGUCACCUCGAUUGAGCAGAAGGAGGAGUCCAAGGGCAACUCUACCCAGGUGGACCUCAUCAAGGAGUACCGUCAGAAGAUCGAGGCCGAGCUCGCCAAGAUCUGCGAGGACAUCCUCAGCGUCCUUGACGAGCACCUGAUUCCCUCGGCCAAGUCGGGCGAGUCCAAGGUGUUCUACCACAAGAUGAAGGGUGACUACCACCGCUACCUCGCCGAGUUCGCCGUUGGCGACAAGCGCAAGGAUUCGGCCGACAAGUCCCUCGAGGCGUACAAGGCCGCCACCGAGGUUGCCCAGACCGAGCUGCCGCCUACGCAUCCCAUCCGCCUGGGUCUUGCCCUUAACUUCUCCGUCUUUUACUACGAGAUCCUGAACGCUCCCGACCAGGCUUGCCACUUGGCCAAGCAGGCCUUUGACGAUGCUAUUGCCGAGCUCGACACAUUGAGCGAGGAGAGCUACAAGGACAGCACCCUGAUCAUGCAGCUUCUCCGCGACAACUUGACUCUCUGGACCUCUUCCGAGGCCGAGGCCCCCGCCGCUACGGGCUCCGCCGAGGCCCCUACGCAGGAGGAGCCGAAGCCGGAGGCGGCUGCGGAGGAGCCCAAGGCCGAGUAAGCGGCGUCAUCGAUGUUCCUGGUCUCUUGAUAGUGAUAACCCCGGUUUGGCAAAUCCCUUGGUGGAAACGGUGUCUUUGGAGCGCGGACUGGAGAUCCCCACGUACCUUUGCAUGUUUACGGCAGAUACACAAGACUUGGCAGGCGGUUCGUUGCGGGCAGCUGAGGGCUGAAAUGUGAGCAUUUGGAGGGUUCUGUUUCCUUUUUUAAAUUGCUUGCUUUUAGACUCGGACUGUGGCGAGGAUCGCCUGGGCAAGAAUAAAACCCCGUCGUCAAUAAUAGACCUGUUUGGCGUCUCAUGCUUU